GCCUGCGCGGCCUCGGGGCCGGCUGCAGUCUGGGCGUGCGGGCGGCCGCGGCGGCGUCGGUGGCGGCGGCGGCGGCGGCGACCAUGAGGCGGCUGCUGCUCUUCCUGGUGGCGGCGGCGGCCGUGGUCCGCAGCGACGCCUCCGCCAACCUGGGCGGCAUCUCGACCAGGCGCCUGAAGAUGCAGUACGCCACGGGGCCGCUGCUCAAGUUCCAGAUCUGUGUUUCCUGAGGUUACAGGCGGGUGUUUGAGGAGUACAUGCGGGUCAUCAGCCAGCGGUACCCAGACAUCCGCAUUGAAGGAGAGAAUUACCUCCCUCAGCCAAUAUAUCGACAUAUAGCAUCUUUCCUGUCAGUCUUCAAAUUAGUAAUAAUAGGCUUAAUAAUUGUUGGCAAAGAUCCUUUUGCUUUCUUUGGCAUGCAAGCUCCUAGCAUCUGGCAGUGGGGCCAAGAAAAUAAGGUCUAUGCAUGUAUGAUGGUUUUCUUCUUGAGCAACAUGAUUGAGAACCAGUGUAUGUCUACUGGCGCAUUUGAGAUCACUUUAAAUGAUGUACCUGUUUGGUCUAAGCUGGAAUCUGGUCACCUUCCAUCCAUGCAACAGCUCGUUCAAAUUCUUGACAAUGAAAUGAAGCUUAAUGUGCAUAUGGAUUCAAUCCCGCAUCAUCGAUCAUAGCCCCACCUAUCAGCACUGGAAACUCUUUUACAUUAAGGGAUUUUUCAAGAGCAGCGUGGCUGACCUCAUGAAGGCCUGCACUGAAGACAGCAAGCUGUUGGUGCAGACUGGAUGCUUCCUGGCAGGCUCGUUGUACCUCUUGGAAAACCUCAGUGCAAGACAGUUGUUCAGUGCUGGCGCAUUCUGGGAUUCUGCACAUUUGAGGAGUGCAAUAAUACUGUAUAGCUUUUUUUCCUCCCUUCCCCAAAUUCACUCAGUUAAUAGUUUUUUUAAAAUGUGACAUUACUACUUGUACCUUUUCUUUCUUAGUCAUAUUUGACAAAGUAGGAUAUUUAGUUGUGAUUAAUUUCACUUUAAAAGAUGUCUGUUUAAAUCUGUUGUAAUUUUAUAUGAAUUUUCCUUUUUAUAGUUUAAAAUCAAUCCUUUUAGGAGCAUCAUUGAAGUUCCCAAAUACUUUAUAAGAGUCUAUCAGACAUCUCUGAUUUGGUCAUGUCCAGUUUAUGAUCUUCAGAAAUACCAUAUAGAUUGUGAACAGUGCAUUAUACAAGAUUAUGGGGAAAAUCCUGUAUCCAGAGUACUCUACCCAUUUGUGUGUAUGUGUGUGUACGCGUGUGUGAUUACCAAGAACUACUAAAAGACCAACCGCUUUUUCAGUCCUCUUGUGUAUUUCGUGUCUUGCCUUGACCAAUCUAAUGAGUCGAUUAACUGGGUCUUUAUACUUAACCCAAUACAAAACUAAGCAAAUAUAAGUUAAAUAAAAUGUUUGAAUAAGCCCAGCGUACCUGUUAACAUACAUGAUUGUCUGCGUAAAUUUUCAUUCUUACCGAUAAUUUCAUAAGGGAAACACUUAAAUGCACACAAUUACCAUCUUUUUGAAUAAUCGAAGUUCAACUCACUAGAGGAGAUUCAGUUGGACUCCUUUUACGUUAUCGAUACUAGGUGAAUAGAGACCACAUGUCUAAUAUUUAACUUAUCUAAUAUAUAUAUAAGAAUUUUAUUAUAUGAGGAACAACGUUGAAGAUUUUUUAUGCGGUGAAUUAAAGAUCGCAAGAGUUCUAAAACUAUAAUUUUUAAAGGCUUAAAUUAACAAAGAUUUCAAGAGUAAUUAGUAGACAUCGGGCUGUAAUGUCGAAACUGGUUGUAGAGCAACAGUUGUGGUCUCCUUCAGCUUCUCCGUAGGAACAGAAGGCGGUCGGUGUGAAUCGGCAUUUGAGGGACCUGAGAUAAUACAGCCGGCUAGGGAGUUUGCCUUGUACUGGGUGACCCAGAUUAGAUCCACGGCAUCCUCUAUGACCCCCUGAGCAUCGCCAGGGGUGGCCCAAAAACAAAGCAAAAAAUGCAGGCUUUGAGGAAAAGUGAUAACUUACCAAACAGUACAGCUUUGUGCUUAAUUUGUCACCGAAUAUUUGUUGAAUGCAUGUCUGGCAGUGAUUGUGAUUGUGACAACCUCAAGGUGGAAGGAAUUUCCUCUAGCUAUUUGAAGUUAAUCUACUAAAUUCACCGCAGAAAUGUCUCUCCCAUUGACCUCAGACUACAGCACUGUUAGCCUAAAUUCAUGUAGUUCCAAGAAUCAGAAAUCACUGAGUGCUUCCCAUUCACAUUCAAAAAUAAUUUAUAAUUUAUCUUUAACUCGGUCUUAAAACCACAUUAAGUUGAUGUGUAAUAGCCUGUACUUUGUCUUUUCUGUGAGAUUCUGCCAAAUAUGUGUAGUGUCUUUCAUUUCCAACUGGUUAACCACUUGUCACAGACUUCUAGAUCUGGGCCUGUGAUGUGCCCUGACCCCCGUGAGUCCCCGAAGCCCGCCUUGGCCUCCCCUGCUUGGAGGAAUACACCUGUUGGGAGAAGAGCUUGAAGGCUCUGGUCAAACCCAGCCAUUUUGUUGAAAUCAAUAUUGUUCUCAAUAUUGUUUUCUCUUUCACCACAUUUUGAUCUAGGAUCCAAGGGCCUCAUUAAAAAUGAAAAGUACGGAGAAUGUAUAGUCGUCUUCAGAUGGGUACGGCUGUGAAGUUUACAAAUGCCUGUCUAGAAUCUGACAGCGGGUCCGCUAAUGUUGUGUGGAAUUUACCACAGUCACUAUCGUGGGAGAAGUUUUUUGUUUUUUUUUAAUGUCAAUUGACUUUCAUACUUUGAAGUCCCAGCCUGCAGGGAAUAAGUGCUUUCGGAAUGGAAAUGCAGAACUCACUGGCUGCUGCCAGCAGGUGACCUGGCUUCAUAAGCACUGUCAAAAUAGAAGAGGAUCCCAAUAUCUUAUUUUGCAAUGUUAUGAAUUCGAGAAGCCUUAAAUACUUGGCAUUUUAUCAUUGUCAUAACUUAAAAAUCACAUUUUUAAAACAGCCUAUAGGAUUGUUAAAUUGUUACUUAUUACUAAGGCUUUAAAAAACCUUUUUUGAGAGAAACAUAAGAAAUUGUAAAAUUUGGGGGAUUUAGCAUUGCAAAAAUAAACUUUUAUUAAGCUGAUGUGGAAAGA